ACUCAUUUCUGUCCCCGACAUGGCGACCGUCGCCGCGGCCAACGCGGCUGCUGCAGCCGCCGCUGCCGCCAACAGAGACCCCGCCGUGGAUCGAUCACUGCGAUCCGUGUUCGUGGGAAAUAUUCCGUAUGAAGCCACAGAGGAACAGCUGAAAGACAUAUUUUCUGAAGUCGGACUUGUUGUUAGUUUCAGGUUGGUAUAUGACAGGGAGACGGGGAAGCCGAAGGGCUAUGGCUUCUGUGAGUACCAGGACCAGGAGACGGCGCUCAGCGCCAUGAGGAACCUGAACGGGAGGGAGUUCAGCGGCCGAGCCCUGCGGGUGGACAACGCUGCCAGCGAGAAGAACAAGGAGGAGCUCAAAAGUUUGGGGACGGGAGCUCCUAUCAUUGAGUCUCCUUAUGGAGAUAAUGUCUCACCAGAGGAGGCCCCAGAGUCCAUCAGCAGAGCUGUGGCCAGUCUCCCACCAGAGCAGAUGUUUGAACUCAUGAAACAGAUGAAACUGUGUGUGCAAAACAGUCCCCAGGAGGCGAGGAACAUGCUGCUGCAGAACCCCCAGCUGGCGUACGCUCUGCUGCAGGCUCAGGUGGUCAUGCGGAUCGUAGACCCAGAGAUCGCUCUGAAAAUGCUCCAUCGUCAAACUGCAGUCCCGCCUCUGAUUCCCGGUGUGCAGGGUGGAGGAGCACCACCCGUCAAUCCUCCUGCACAGCCCGCCGUGCCGGUGUCUCAGCCGCAGCCUGUGGCUGGAAUGCAUGUGAAUGGAGCCCCCCAGAUGAUGCAGCCCCCUAACAUGGGUGUUGUGCCAGGACCAAUGCCUGGACCAGGACCAGGACCGGGACCCGGACCAGUACAAGCACCAGUCGGACCUCCAGGAAACCUUCAGCAUUCUCCCACAGGAUCGGCCGGUCCAGCUGCCAUCGAGCGGCCUCAAGGACCAGGUGGUAUCCCCCCGAGAGGGCUGCUGGGAGAUGGUCCUAACGAUCCCAGAGGAGGAACUCUGCUGUCUGUCACCGGAGAAGUCAUCGAGCCCGGCCGCCCCUACAUGGGAGCUCCCCCACCUCACCAAGCUCCACCUGUGCACAUGCCGCAGAUGGCAGGCGGACCUCCUCCAGAUAUGAGAGGGCCUCCGAUGGACAUGAGAGGCCCACCCAUGGGUGAACCUCGACCCAUGAUGGUUGACCCGCGAGGGCCCCAGAUGAUGGAGCCCCGAGGGCCUCCCAUGGAAGCCAGAGGCCGUGACCCGAGAGCAAUGGAUGCUCGUGGGCCCGUGACGGGCCAGAGGGUUCCCAUGGCAGCAGGAAUGCAAGGCCCUGUCCCUCAUAACAUGGGUCCAAAUGCUCCUGCACCUGCAAGACCGGGUCCUGGUAUUUCUGGCGUCCCCCCUUCAGGCGGCGGCUUCAGUCCUGGUCAGAGUCAGGUCUCCACGCAGGACCAGGAGAAGGCGGCCCUGAUCAUGCAGGUGUUGCAGCUGACCCCAGAACAGAUUGCCAUGUUGCCUCCAGAGCAGCGGCAGAGCAUCCUCAUCCUCAAAGAGCAGAUUCAGAAGACUGCCACCGGGGCACCUUGAUUGUCUUGAGUGAUGAAAUACUAAGCAGGCGGAGGUGGAGUUUCUACUCACAAUUGUACUCGGAGCAUUUUAAAACAUGGUCCUGUUGUCAUUGAGCAACCUUUUCCAAAAACACGGUUGUUUUUUCUGCUUUGUGAUUAUGUCAGGACCUGUGCUCUGCCCCUCCCUGUCCCGCCUGUCUGCUGCUUGAACAGACCUGAAGACUUGUCAUCUAAACUUGGAAUAUUGUAGUUUUUUUCUGUUUUGUAUUAAAGUGUAAAGUUGAUCUAAAUGGGUUGGAGAGAAAAAAUAAAAAUAAAAAAAAAAGUGAAACUUUUUAGGAUAAUACCAGUGAAGGAACACGACACCCAGCAACAAACAUGGUUUCAUUUUUUUCAUGUUAUGCCUCUUUUGUCAAUAAAACAAUACACAGAUCA